AUGUAUCAUGAAAGUGACGCAACUAGAGUGUAUGAGCAACAGAACGAUCUACGCUUGAAGGAACUGAACAACAAACUGUCUGCAUUACAUAAGAUUACAGUGGAUAUAAACAACGAAGUGAAUGCUGAUGUCGAGGUACUCGACGAUAGUAGUGGGACUUUCUCGUCAUUCGACGGCUCGCUUUCUGGCACAAUGGACAAGUUGAAGCAGAUGACUUCAAUCCGACACCAAAGAUACAUGGUUUAUUUGACGUGCUUUGCACUUGGGAUAUUCUUUAUGGUCUAUUCAUUCUCUUCUCUCUACUGGUCUCAUGAAAGUGACUAUUCGGACAAUAAUGAUAAUGGGACACUUUAA